AUCCUACCAAACCUAGGGGUUCAUUUUAUAUGCGAUGAAAUCGAACAAGAGAAAUUCUGAGACGCAGACUUUUACGCCCUGUGCUGGAUUUUCACAGCCGCGUAAAAAUCAUUUUAUUUGCUGAUCGUGGCUCUUUCCAAGAUCUAAUAGACGAUCUUUUGCAGUUUAUUCAAGUGCACAUUCAUUUUCCAUCUGUCUACAUUACGCAGUUACUUUGACAGGUUUAAGUCUUUUAGAGGCUCACUCAAGUUAUCUACGGGAUGGACUUGGAAGGCAAAGCAGUUGGUUUAUUUAUGGUCUUUUUUAGUUUCUCCGUAUUUGCCUACUACACAUUCUGGGUGAUCAUUUUGCCUUUUGUGGACAGAGAUCACUUUGCCCAUAACUAUUUCCUACCUAGGGAAUACGCAAUUAUAAUACCUACAUUUGCUGGGGUUGCCCUUCUUAGCUUCUUGUUGGUUUUUGUUGGGUUUACAUUGCUAAAAGCAAAACAAAAAGCUUCAUAACGUAUGCUUGGAUUUUUGUAACAGCCAUUUUAAUUUGUAAAUUGUCACUAUCAAGUUUCUUCUUGUAAGCUUUGAAAAUAAAUCUUGAGCUAUUACAUAUUUAUAUUAAAAUAAUAUUGACUUUUAAAUGUGUUA